CUUGAGCUCUUAAGUCCUGUCUAAUUACCUCCUUCCAACUCUUCUUAGGUCUAUCUCUAACCCUACUCAUUCCCACUACCUCAAGCCUCUCGCAUCUCCUUAUUGCAGCCUGUGCACUUCUCCUCAUUGGAGUUAGUGAUCACCGGGUUUCUAUCUCUAACAAACUCCAAUGGUGAGAACCCCCACAUUCCUGUCACAACUCCCUCCCCUUGCACAUCAUCAUUCCAAUAUCUUAGUCCCAGACUUGUUCUUUGUUUAUUUUUGUUUAUAUUGUUUUUGGUUUCAAGUGUUCUAUGCUCUCUCACAAUUUGAAUUCACAAAAGAUCUCUUGCGGGAAUCGUAGCAUAAAAUUCAGAAUUGCAAGUCAUGCUAAAGUUAAAGACUGGGUUUCUGCAAUUAAUGACGCUGGUCUAAAGCACAAAGAAGGUUGGUGUAGCACUCAACGCUUUGGUUCUUUUGCUCCACAAAGAGGAUUGGCUGAGGAUGGAAGUCAUGUUCAGUGGUUUAUAGAUGGAAAGGCUGCAUAUGAAGCAAUUGCUUCAUCAAUAGAAAAUGCCAAAUCAGAGAUAUAUAUUACUGGAUGGUGGCUUUGCCCUGAACUGUUUGCGGCGGCCAUUUCAGAACCACGGUUCCUCUAGACUUGAUGCUUUACUUGAAGCAAGAGCUAACCAAGGGGUUAAGAUAUACAUUCUCCUGUACAAGGAGGUUUCUAUUGCUUUGAAAAUCAACAGUUUAUACAGUAAAACAAAGCUUCUAUGCAUUCACAAGAAUGUGAAAGUGCUACGCUACCCUAAUCAUUUUUCUGCCGGGGUCUACUACUGGUCACACCAUGAAAAAAUUGUUAUCGUGGAUCAUCAUAUCGCUUAUAUUGGAGGAUUGGAUUUAUGCUUUGGGCGUUACGAUACAGUUGAACAUAAAGUUGGUGAUAACCCUCCUCUGUUAUGGCCUGGAAAGGACUAUUACAACCCAAGAGAAUCUGAACCAAAUUCUUGGGAUGAUACAAUGAGAGAUGAGCUGGACAGAGAAAAAUAUCCACGCAUGCCUUGGCACGAUGUCCAAUGUGCUAUUUGGGGCCCACCAUGCCGAGACAUUGCAAGGCAUUUUGUUCAGCGCUGGAAUCAUGCUAAGAGAAGCAAAGCUGCGAAUGAACAAGAAAUACCCCUCCUGAUGCCACAACACCACAUGGUUAUCCCACAUUACCUGGGCAGAAGCCAAGAAAUAGAUGUUGAAAUUAAGAAUGCUCAUGCUAGUGCAGAAGACUUAUAUAGACUGGGCGUGUUUCGUUCAGAGUCGCCACCUGAAAGCAUACCAUUGCUUUUGCCCCAGGAAGCUAACAGCAGGCAGGCUUCCAAUCUAAACAACACACAAUAUGAUGUCAUUCAUCGAGUGGAUCCACUAGUAGAUCAAAUAACUAAACAGGGAGAUUGGUGGGUAACACAGGAGGGAACUGAAUUUUCUGAUAACUUAGCAGACGUUGGUCCUCGGACCCCUUGUUCUUGUCAAAUUAUCAGAAGUGUUAGCCAAUGGUCAGCGGGAACAAGAUAUACAGAGGAUAGCAUUCAUACAGCUCAUUGUUCACUCAUUGAAAAUGCUAAGCACUUUGUCUUCAUUGAGAACCAGUUUUUUAUAUCUGGCCUUUCUGGAGAUGAAAUCAUUCAAAAUCGAGUACUUGAUGCUUUAUACAAACGCAUAGUGGUGGCAUACAACGAGAAAAAGUGUUUCAGGGUAAUUAUUGUCAUCCCGCUCUUACCAGGGUACCAGGGAGGUUUGGAUGACAUUGGAGCAGCAACUGUGAGAGCCAUAAUGCACUGGCAAUACCGAACAAUUUGCAGGGGACAACACUCUAUAUUGCACAAUCUUUAUUCCUUUCUUGGUCAAAAAACAUCUGAUUAUAUAUCUUUCUAUGGUCUCAGAACCUAUGGCCAACUUUCUGAUAUCGGCCCAUUGGUCACAAGCCAGGUUUAUGUCCAUAGUAAAGUUAUGAUAGUAGAUGACCGUGUAGCCUUGAUUGGAUCAUCAAAUAUUAAUGACAGAAGCUUGUUAGGAUCUAGAGAUUCUGAGAUUGCCGUAGUCAUUGAGGAUAAAGAUUUUAUUGAUUCUUCAAUGAAUGGGAAUCCAUGGAAGGCUGGAAAGUUUGCAUUUAGCCUUCGGGUGUCGUUAUGGACAGAGCAUUUGGGUCUACACUCCGGAGAUAUUUUUCAAAUCAAGGACCCUAUAGCUGACACUACAUACAAAGAUUUGUGGCUUGCAAGAGCUAAGUUGAAUGCCAAAAUCUACCAAGAGGUCUUCUCUUGCGUCCCCAACGACCUCAUCUACACAAGGCAUGCACUCAGACAAUGUAAAGAGAAACUCAAGCACAACACAGUUGACUUAGGAGUUGCGCCAGAGAAACAUGAAGAUUUCGUGAAUGAGGAAGCCGGCUUAGCGAAACCAAUCGACAGGUUAAAGUCAAUCAAAGGACACGUUGUUUGCUUUCCCUUAGAGUUCAUGCGCGAAGAAGACCUGAGACCAAUAUUUAUUGACCGUGAGUUCUAUACUUCUCCUCAUAUCUUUCAUUGAGCUUUUGAAGAUGGUGAGUGUGCAUUAUUUAUUUUAUUAGGACUUCCACUUAAGCCUAUCAUAAUUCAUGUAUAGUUCAUCUUUUCAAUUGUGUGUAUAGAUUGACAAUGGGGAGAUUUUCACUUAUGUAUAUAUUGCUACUCAACAUUCUGUUGUAAAAUAAGAAAAUUGGUGAUUAUUU